AUGACACGGUCACAUUCAACUGAUGUCGCAGCACAACCGAUCAAGCCGGCCGCGAAGCUCGCCGACAACGCGAACGAGGCAGCAGCAGCUGGCGCUAAGCAGGCCUCGAGUACGGCACCCUCUUCCGAGCCGCCCUCUGCACACCAUGGCGCCGCCGGCGCUGGGGUAGCACAGAACGGCCCGCCGGCAGGCCAGCAGAGGCCCAUCGUCGACAUGUCCAAGAUGUCGCUCUACGAGAAGCUGGCCUACCAGUACCCCUACGACGUCAGCUCCAAGUUCCCCGCGUACAUCUGGCAGACGUGGAAGUGGACGCCCGCCAACGGCGAGUUCCAGUUCCGCGAGCAGGAGGCGACCUGGACGGAGCAGCACCCGGGCUUCACCCACGAGGUCAUCACCGACAACGUCGCCGUGCACCUGCUGCGCCUGCUCUACGCCUCGGUCCCCGAGGUGCUCGACGCCUACCACGCCCUGCCCCUGCCCGUCCUCAAGGCCGACUUCUUCCGCUACCUGAUCCUGCUGGCGCGCGGCGGCAUAUACUCGGACAUCGACACGUACGCGAUCCGCAGCGCCCUCGAGUGGAUCCCCGAGAGCGUGCCGAGGGAGUCGGUCGGGCUCGUCAUCGGCAUCGAGGCCGACCCGGACCGCCCGGACUGGAAGGACUGGUACAGCCGCCGCAUCCAGUUCUGCCAGUGGACCAUCCAGGCCAAGCCGGGCCACCCGGUCCUGCGCGAGAUCGUCGCCCGCCUGACCAGCGAGAUCCUGCGCCGCAAGCGCUCCGGCGAGCUGUCGCGCGUGCAGGACAAGAACGUCAUCGAGUUCACGGGCCCCGCCGUCUGGACCGACAUCAUCUUCGAGUACUUCAACGACGAGCGCUACUUUGACAUGGCCACCUCCAAGGGCGCCAUCGACUACCGCAACUUCACCGGCAUGACCAUGCCCAAGCGCGUCGGCGACGUCAUCGUGCUGCCCAUCACGAGCUUCUCCCCGGGCGUCAACACCAUGGGCGCCAAGGACUACGACGACCCCAUGGCCUUUGUCAAGCACGACUUUGAGGGUACAUGGAAGCCCGAGAGCGAGCGCCACAUCGGCGAGGUCACCCAAUAG